AUGGCCGACAAAGGCGACGACAACACGCCGAAAGAUGUCAUUUCCUGGCUCGUCAAAGCCCUCUACGAAGAAGAUCAAAGUGCCCCGCCAGGCCACCAAGCACUAAACGAAGACGGCCGUCUAAUGAUCAUAGCCGGAAGGUCCGUCUAUAUCCAAUCCGAUCCUCAAUCCUACCUCUUUCAAUCUCUCCGCAAGAAAACCCCCCUAACAACCUUCCUUCACCUCUCCAGUGACACGACAGGCACAACCCUAGCCCACGCCAUAUACUACCUAACCAAAAACCCACACGCCCUCCAAGCCCUACAAAAAGAACUAGACACCUUGUCCACAACCGAACCAUUCACAAACGACAAACUCCAAUCCCUCCCCUACCUCGACGCAGUCAUAAAAGAAACCCUCCGCCUCAAACCCGCCGUGCCCAGCGGCCAACCAAGACUAACCCCAUCAACCGGCCUGCAAAUCGACGAAGUCUGGAUUCCGGGCAACACAAUCGUCGUGAUACCGCCGUACGUCCUGCAGCGCGAUGAGCGGUGUUUCCCGUCUGGCGAGGAGUUUAUUCCCGAGCGCUGGAUUGACUCGGAGAAGCGGAAUUUGGUGAAGCAUGAUGAGGCGUUUUUUCCGUUUCAGGUUGGGAGGUAUGCGUGUGUGGGUAAACAGCUUGCGCUUAUGCAGCUGCGUGCUGUGAUUGCGCGGGUUGCGGUCGAGUUUGAUAUGGGGUUUGCGGAGGGGGAGGAUGGGGUUGGGUUUGAUCGCGGGUCGAUGGAUACGUUUACUUUUACGUUGGGCGAGUUGGGGGUGGUUUUUAGGGAGAGGGAGAGGGGGAGGUAG